AUCGUUUUAUUAUUCCAGCAUCGCAGUCAAUCACACUUUCUCAGCAGUUUAGUCAGCUAGCGACGUUGACGUUUAGGAGGUGGUGCAACUUUCGAAAUCUGUUCUCGCGAUUUGUCUCUCUACUCGAUUUGUUGCAAACUAUUGUUUUUUGUUAUAUUUUUAUGGUCAAUGGAAACAAAGUGAUAGUGAGGAGUGAAAGAUUACGGACAAACUUUUUACUGUUGGAUUGAAAGAGGGGGCGAAACGGAAAUCUACUGGUGCUACAGCAGCAGGGGUGAUCAGGCAUGCCGCGACUGUACGAUGAGGAUGAAGCCCGCAGGCCAAUAUUGCAGCCGGACACCGAUAGUGAGGAUCCACCAGCUCCCGGUGGAUCAAUCCUGCGGCAGAGCGAUGAUGACGAGCUUAGUCAGCGGGGCUUGUCCGGGUGCGGUUCAAGUGCCUGCUGCAAUCCGACCUCCUUCCUGCAUCGCUUCAUGGCGCUAAUUCUGAUGUGUUUGGUUGGGUUCGGUUCCUACUUUUGCUAUGAUAACCCGGGAGCACUGCAGGACAAGUUCAAGUCCGAUCUGGAUUUAACGACGUCACAGUUUGUGUGGCUCUACUCGAUCUACUCGUGGCCGAACGUGAUUCUGUGCUUCAUCGGUGGCUUCCUGAUUGAUCGAGUUUUCGGAAUUCGGUUAGGAACGAUUAUCUACAUGUUUAUAUUGCUUAUCGGACAGCUGAUUUUUGCUACCGGAGGGCUUAUCAACCAGUUUUGGUUGAUGAUUCUCGGACGAUUUCUGUUUGGAAUCGGAGCGGAGUCGCUAGCAGUGGCUCAGAAUAAUUACGCCGUUCUUUGGUUCAAAGGGAAAGAAUUGAACAUGGUUUUUGGGUUGCAACUUUCAUUUGCUCGUGUCGGCAGUACGGUGAACUUUUUGGUGAUGGUUCCUGUGUACAACUAUGUUCGAAGUUUAGGCUACCAAGGUCACCAGUGUAUGGGAGUUGUUCUGUUGAUGGCCACUUUGACAUGUGUGAUGUCGAUGCUUUGUGCGCUGAUUCUGGGUUGGAUGGACAAACGAGCUGCCCGUAUCCUGCGGCGGAAUGAAAACCCACCCAACGGUGAGGUUGCGAAAUUGUCAGAUAUUAAGACGUUCCGGAUCACGUUCUGGAUGGUGACGGUAAUCUGCGUUGCAUACUACGUAACUAUCUUUCCGUUUAUUGCCCUGGGUAAGGUGUUUUUCAUGAGGAAGUUUGACUAUUCGCCCGAAGAUGCGAACACGGUCAAUUCUAUUGUGUACAUUGUGGCGGGAGUAGCCAGUCCGUUGUUCGGGUUGGUUGUUGAUCGCACAGGAAAGAACGUUCUGUGGGUGUUUCUGUCGAUUAUUGUUACAAUGGUGGCUCACGGUUUGCUGGCGUUUACGUUCUACAACCCAUACAUUGCGAUGAUUACGAUGGGAAUGGCAUACUCGAUGCUGGCCAGUAGCUUGUGGCCGUUGGUAGCGCUCAUCGUGCCGGAGUAUCAACUUGGAACUGCGUACGGAAUCUGUCAGUCAGUGCAAAAUCUAGGUCUGGCCGUCAUAUCUAUGUUUUCGGGUUUGAUUGUCGACAAAGGAGGUUACUUCAUGUUGGAAAUCUUUUUCAUCGGUUGGCUUGUCGUUUCUCUGCUGGCCACCAUCGUUAUUUGGCUUUAUGACACAAACAAUAAUGGAAUCUUGAACAUGUCGCCUCCCGAGCGCGAAUUGCAUGCCAGUAAACUCCUGCGUGAGGAAACCAAGGGGCGCUCAUCUUUGGACAACAUUCUGGCCGUACCUUCCGAGGGCUCGCUAAAUGCUGAUCACGAGUCACUAUCGACAGCAGCAGCAGCAGCACCGGAAUCCAUUAGAAAUCGGUACGUGAGCCGGGUGCUGGAUAAUGCCGGUAACCAGAGCGAUUCGGAGCCGCUGAUUGAGUAAGUUGUAGUAUUAUGUAGCACGGUGAUUCUCGAGCCAUUCCCCAGAUGAGAGUGUCGUUUUGGGUUCUUCCCGGGUUCCACAGAACAUGGGAGUUUAUGUUAUUUUGUAGAGUAAGGCACAUUCAGUUAUUGUACAUUUUUGUUUAGGAUUAAAUUUAAAAAGAUUAUGCUUAGUGCAUUUUGCGAAAGGAGCGGAGAAAAACGAAAAAUCAAAAACAAGUAAUUGUAUAGGGAUAUAACAAAACUAUUAUAAAUGUUAACUAGAUAAUCGUGUUACAAAAGUAUUUGGCUGUAAUUCAAAAAAAUCUAGAAGAGGUGUUCUUUUUACAAUCGCAUCGACUGUGAUGCUAGGAAUUAUUUUAUAUUUUAACGCGCGGUGUAUAAUUGUGGUUUACCUUGAAGCUGUUAGAAACUAUAAAUGUGUGAAUAAUGAAUGUAUGCUUCUGAUAUCUUUGGAAAACAUGUGUUUGUUUGAACAGAUUUCAGCAGCCAUAUAAAUUUUAUAGGAUUUUUUGCCGAAUUGGGCAUUUACAGUAAAAAAAAAUCAAGUAUGUACUGUAAACUGUAGGAAAAAAAGUAAUACACCAUUAAAACUUUUUUUUAAAUAAAGACCAUAAAACACUGAUUCUAAAUGUUGAUGUCAAAAUAUAUAAAUCAUACUGUUGAAUCGCAAAAGCAGAACUAUACACAUAUCCUAUCAAAGCAAAGGAAAGAUUAUUGAUGUUUACAUGUGAAAAACAAUAAACUUAUCAGAAUUUAUCUAUUCGGGUACAUCUAUUGAACACACAUUACUGAUUGCCAAAUUAUAUAACAGUUUUCAAACCGGUCCACUGAAGGAACAUUUUAAUUUGUGCGUUGUUUUGUUAUGCGUAAGUUUAGCUUUAAAUAAAAUACCUGAUGUAAAAA